CGACUCCGGCUGCGAGGUCAAGGCUUGGGCUCCUGCCAAAUGGACUCAGGCACCGGCCGGGGGCUCCGAGGGCGUUGACCCGGGUGGGGGAGGCCGCGGCGGGCGGCCAUAGGCUGCGGCGCGGGGCGGGGGAGCGAGGCGGGGCCUGCCCGGCCCCGGGACCCCGAGGGCGUCCGAGGGGCCGCGAGCGCGCCGCCGCCCGCCCCGGCCGCCUGGGACCCGGCGCUCCGAGCCGUCCUCCUCGGGGCUGUGCGGUGUUUCCGCGGCCGCCGCAGGUGCUCGGCCGUCAGACAUGAACUACGCGCGGUUCGUCACCGCCGCCAGCGCAGCUAGACAGCCGUCCGCCAUCCGCGUCGUCAGGCAGACUCGGGCUGGAGAGGAAGGCGAGGACUUGGGGUCCGUGCUCCAGUGCAGCAGGAGCAGCAGUAGAGAGACACGGGCUGCUGCGGACACGUCCUGGGGAGAGAGGCUGUGCUGCCAGAAGGGCUCUUCCCUGCAGGAUGAGCAGAUGUUAGGCACAGGGUGCAAAUGUGUGCGCAGUGGGGAGGGCCUGGUAACUUGGAAAGAAAGGAGUGAGCCCUGCAGCCCGAGAGGCAGCUGAGAUAUUGAGCAGGAUGCCGAAAUCAUUAAUCUCCUUGGCUGCUGGAAUGCCAAACCCCAACACCUUCCCCUUUAAGACUGCUGUUAUCACCAUAGAAAAUGGAAAGCCCAUCCAAUUUGAUGAAGAGAUGAUGAAGAGAGCACUUCAGUAUUCUCAAAGUGCUGGAAUCCCAGAGCUGUUAUCCUGGAUAAAACAGUUACAAGUAAAAUUGCAUAAUCCUCCCACCAUCAAUUACCCAACCAACCAAGGACAAAUGGACAUAUGCAUAACAUCUGGCAGCCAAGAUGGUCUUUGCAAGGUGUUUGAAAUGAUCAUUAAUCCUGGAGAUAAUGUCCUGCUAAAUGAACCUAUUUAUUCAGGAACACUUCAAGCUCUGAAGCCCCUGGGCUGCAACAUUAUUAAUGUUCCCAGUGAUGAAUUCGGCAUUAUUCCAGACUCCCUCAAAGAAGUCCUUUCCAAAUGGAAACCAGAAGACUCCAAGGAUCCCAAGAAAAACACCCCCAAAUUUCUUUACACUGUCCCAAAUGGCAACAACCCUACAGGAAACUCAUUAACAAGUAACCGCAAGAAGGCAAUCUAUGAGCUUGCAAGAAAAUAUGAUUUCCUCAUCAUAGAAGAUGAUCCUUACUAUUUUCUCCAGUUUAGCAAGCCCUGGGGACCAACAUUUCUUUCGAUGGAUGUCGAUGGGCGAGUCAUCAGAGCGGACUCCUUUUCAAAAGUCCUCUCCUCUGGGUUGCGAAUAGGGUUUAUAACGGGUCCAAAACCGUUGAUAGAGAGAGUCGUUUUACACACACAAGUUUCAACUCUGCACCCUAGCACUUUCACACAGCUUCUGGUGUCACAGCUUCUACACCAAUGGGGAGAAGAGGGUUUCCUGGCUCAUGUAGACAGGGUUACUGAUUUCUAUAGGAACCAGAAGGAUGCAUUACUGGCAGCUGCAAACAAAUGGUUAAGUGGUUUGGCAGAAUGGCAUGUCCCGGCUGCUGGAAUGUUUUUAUGGGUUAAAAUUAAGGGUAUUUAUGAUGUAAAACAAAUGAUUGAAGAAAAAGCCAUUGAGAAAGAGGUAUUAAUGCUUCCUGGAAAUGUUUUUUACAUCGAUAACUCAGCUCCUAGUCCUUACUUCAGAGCAUCCUUCUCUUCAGCUUCUCCAGAACAGAUGGAUAUGGCCUUCCAGAGAUUAGCCCAACUUGUUAAAGAAUCUUUAUGAAGAAAUCAAACUAUGAAAAAAUCAAACUCUUUCAUGAAUUUUUCAGAUAAAUUAUUUUUAUGUUUUAGCAAGAAGAAAUGAUUAUUGGCAUUAGACUUACAGAUUGGAUUUCAACAAUCAUGUCAUAUCUGUAGUAAUUGUGCCCUUAAAUUCAUCAGAUUGACAAAAUAUAAUCCACUUAUACCUUUUGAUAAAUUUUCACUCUGCAAAAAUUAUUUUUAUCCUGGAUUUUAUUAUAAAUAACUCUAAUUGCUUUCUGAUUUCCCAUAAACUUUCCUUGAGGAGACAGAACAUAAAGACUCCUAACUCUGGGAAACGAACUAGGGGUG